AUGAAGGCAAAUUUAAGCCCCUCCCUCAGACAGGAAAUCGCCUUAUGCAAUAAGCAAAAGAGCAACAAGCGAUGUAUCCUUAUUUCGCUCAACAGCAAAUUUCAAUUCACGCUGGAAGGCUACACAGAACAGAAGGAAAACCCGAGCAACGAUUUGGAAAGUAUAAAAUGCCUAUUAAAUGACGAGCUCGCUUUCAUACUCUACAAUGCUGCAGUUUUUACUGCUAAAUACAAAUGGGUCCUUAUCCUAUGGGUCCCCGACGAAUCGGUAGCAACAAAAUUGGAGAAGGAAAAAGAGUCUACUGAGAAGGUCGACAGGGAUAAGAAGUACACCCAAGUGACACAGCUGAAUAGGUUAAUUUAUUGCACUUUAAAAAAUAACCUUCUUCAUUAUGUGGACGAUGAGAGGGAAGUGCCACUGGAAGAAGUGCACAAUUUCGAUGAGCUGGAAAGAUGCAUAAAGGCCAGUCUCCACAACUGCUUAACGCAAGGUAGGACGACGCAAAUGUGUAAUGGAAAUGUAUUACCCCAUUUCAGCGUUACGAAUUACCUCCACAAUUACUACUUCCUAAAUGAGCAAAUGAAGCAGUGUUGUGAAGGCUUAAAUGAGGAAGGUGAUUGCCUCUCCAAGCAUCUCGAUUUGCUCGCCAAGGAGAGCAACACGUGCAUCGUUUUGCUCACCAUAGAUGUUUACAACUACAAACUGGAUAGCCGUUUUGAGAAAAUAGAAACUAUCGAAUCGUUUCUUCAACUAACAAAAGAACUACACAUCCUUUAUGUCCUUUACAAGACAUCCGACACGUAUACUUGCUUCUACCUCUGUCAUAGUGACAGGUGUACUACUAGAGAAAAAUUCGUCUACUCCUUGUUUAAACCCCACUUAAUCCAAAUUUUGAAAAAAAAAAAUAUUCACAUUUUUUUAAGUGCCGAAAUGGGUAAGCUUAAACAUCUGGUAGACUUUAUCCGAGGGGACAUUACAACGAAGAAGGAAGUUCCCACAAAAGGUGCACCACUUGAUGACAUGGCUUCCAAAACGAAGAAAAGCACAGACCAUUUGGCCUUGGUUGGGAGAAAGAACUACUCUAGCCAUGCACAGAUCAGUGUGCCGAAGGAGUUACUUCCCAUUGUGGAAAAUGAUUCCAUUGGCAAGAAAGGCAGGACGAAUGAUCAAUCUGGGAAUGGGCCAAACGUGCAUAGGAAGCACUCGUUUACAGCUAGAACCAUUAACAUGCUGUCCCUGAAGAGGAGGGAGUCCAAGUCAAGCAACACACAGACAGAACAACUCACUCCGGGGAGAACAAAUAAAAUGGCACAUGCACCACUAGGGGAAAGAAAACAAACUAGUACCUCUACAUCUACCAGCGAAAAUAUCGGACCAAAGUUACUCAAAAAAUUGUCCCUAUCAAAAUCGUAUAAUUUGAAAAAAAAAAAAACCUUCACAAAUGACGGCGAAAAAAACUUAACAGGAAGGAAAAAAACAGAACCCUCCCCUACAAUGGUCCAGAGUAAAUCGUUAACCCUCCACAAGGGAUCGUCCACCUCCGUCGAGUUUAAAAAAUCGCCCUCUUUGUCUAAGCAAAAAUCGCUGCAACUGGACAAGAAAAAGAGCUUCGCAAAAAGGCUCAAAGGGAGAAGCGCUGCUUCAGAAAAGUGA